AUGUGUUCAAGUCAAAAACAAGGUGUCAGCUCAUCUGCUCGACGUUCUGGUUCAGCCGCUGGUGAAUCUCAACAAUCAAUCAAGAGAAGAAGAAUAAGCAAAGCUUGUGAUAACUGUCGUUCCAAAAAAGCUAAAUGUAAUGGGAAAAAUCCAUGCACUUCUUGUAUAUUGAAUGAAGAAACUUGUGUCUAUAGUGACUCAAACAAGAAAAGAGGUAUUCCAAGUGGUUAUACAAAAGAGUUGGAGACAAAGAAUUUUUUAUUACAAUUAUUAUUGACAAAGUUGUUCACUGAGGAUGAUUCAGUCUUGUUGAAGUUGACAAAUUUGUUAACAGAUCCUGAAGUUAAGAAUGAAUUUUUCAGUCAAAUAAAUGAUUUGAACACCACCUGGCAUGAAAGUUCAAACAUCAAACCAUUGUUUACACAUUGUUUAUUGAAUGAUUUACCAAGUUUGAACUUGGACCUCAAAGACCCAAACUUGAAACCUUUGAAAACUCCUAAUAAAGAAGGAGGUUCAGAAUCAUCACCAGAAAGACUAUCUAAAAGACAUUCCAAUGCUAAAGAAGAAGAUCCAACUAUUGGAGGUGAAGAGCUUGAAAGGUCCAACUCAAGUAAUGAUACUAAAUCACCAACUCAUUCUCGUCCAAACAUAGAUGCUGCUUUGAAUUUCAACAAGAUUGCCUUACAAUAUAAAGGGUUAUCAUCUUCAAAUUCAACAUUUUCACCAACUGCAAUCCAGCACUAUGUUCAAACCUUACCACCAACUUCAAAAUCUCCAUUCAGAGUUGGUUCACUUUUCAAUAUCAAGUCAACUUCCAAGAAUUCAUUACCUACUGAAAUUUUACAAUUUCCUCUAAAUACUAGAAAAUUGGUUGAUUCAUAUUUUCAAGUUGUUCAUCCUUGGUUACCUAUGGUUAAUAGAUUUGCUAUUGUUAGAUAUACCCAUAAAUCUAACGUUAAGGAUCCAAACAUUGAUGGGAAUUUCAUUGGGUUGAUUUGGGCUAUUUUAGCAUUAGGACAAUUUAAAUUCAAUGGUUUUAUAAAUGAAGAAAGUAAAAUAUUGAGUUUAAAUUGCGCUAGAAAUUCAGUUAUUGCAUUAGAAACAACAACAACUUCCACUAUUGAGACUAUUCAAUCAAUGCUAUUAUUAGGUUUAUUUUAUUAUGAGAUUGGUGAAUGGGAUUCAGCAUGGGUUUUAACUUCAAGUGCUUCAAGAAUGGCUGUCGAUACAAGAUUGAUGAUUAAUAACAAUCAAAAAUUGAUGGAGCAUGAGAUUAAAUUGAGAGAAAGAACUUGGAGUGGUGUUUAUUUGUUGAAUUUGCUUUUGAGUUUAAGAUUAGGAAGAUCUCCUGUUGUUAGAAAAGCUGAUUAUCCAAUUCCAAAGAUUUCUGAAGAUGAUUGGGAAGAAUGGGAUGGUUGGACUGAAUUUCAAAUUGAAAAUUAUGAAAAUUUAACGUUGGCCAAUAAGAAACCAUUGAAGUUAGAAAGUGCAAGAUGUUUGAGCGUUCAUAAUAAGUUAUUAGAGCUGGCUUCCUUAUUGAAUCUGAUUGUUACAAGUUAUAUCGAAUAUAAUGAGAAUCUUGAUCAAACAGGGUUUUAUAAAAAUGAUCAUCAUAGAUUGUUGAAUACAAAUCCUGAAGUUUUCACAUUUGGUACUUAUACAAUCAAUCCAAAUGAAACAAUUGCUGUUUCUGCUAUUGAAGAUGAAUUACUUGAAUGGUUCAAAUCAUUACCUCCACAUUGUCAAAUAAAUGAUGAUACAUCCAAUGGUGAAGAGGAAAAUGGGAAGAUUCCACAUUUU